CACACAGGGCUCCCACAAUGCACCGCGUCACCCCUCGGUCUUCGAAUAAAAACGCGGAAACAAAAGAAAAUAUUUAGUUUGUCAACACGAACGACAGAAAGUCACAAAGUCAGACAGUCAGGCAGCUGUCAGAGGAAAACACGGACACAAGACAUGGCUCUGAAGAGAAUACACAAGGAGUUAAAUGACUUGCAGAAAGAUCCCCCAGCUUCAUGCUCAGCUGGACCUGUCGGAGAGGACUUGUUUCACUGGCAAGCUACCAUCACGGGACCGAAUGACAGCCCAUAUCAUGGAGGCAUUUUCUUCCUUUCUGUCCAUUUCCCCACUGACUAUCCCUUCAAACCUCCAAAGGUUGCCUUUACGACGAAAAUCUAUCACCCAAACAUAAACAGCAAUGGUAGCAUCUGCCUUGACAUCUUGAGGUCACAGUGGUCACCAGCACUCACGAUAUCGAAAGUGUUGUUAUCCAUUUGCUCUUUGCUGUGCGACCCAAAUCCGGAAGACCCGCUCGUCCCAGACAUUGCACGCAUCUACAAAUCUGACAGACAAAAGUACAACGAUCUUGCCAGAGAAUGGACUGCCAGGUAUGCGAUGUGAAGAUGGUGACGCAUUCCUUAACGCCUCAAAAUCUGACAGUACUGUUUGACCUGCUCAUCCACUCUGGUUCUAGCUGAGGUGUUUUUUUCUCGCUUGAGGCACUUUCUCUACUCUGACUUUACUUGACUUACCUGUUUUUAUCCUCUUCAUCACAAGGUCUACUUUUUCUGCCUCAUUUCAUUUCGGGACGGGAGGCAGAAAAAGUAGACACGAGUAGACAUUAGCAGCAUUUUUUUUUUUUUUUGAGCUGGAAUAAAACUUUAAUAAAAACCACAAGACAUACUUUAUCAUUUAUCUUUUUUUCUUUUUUUUUGGGCUACUCUUUGGUAGCUAGCCCGCCGAAUCUCUGCUUUCAUAUGACAUCAUGUUUGUGUGGUUUGCUUGAAGUGGUGAGGCACUGAAGUGGACAUGCGCUGUUUUUGUGUUUUUGUUACAUGCCCAUAUAAUCGCUUGGGUUUCGAAUUGUGUUUUGCCUGGGAGGCAAUGCUUGGUAGAGGCUUUUAGCUGAGUUUCUCCCCGUCAUUUUGGUAUGCUACAUGUUAGGAUUGGCUUCCUAGCAGGCACAUUGAUGGUCUGUACUGCACACAGUGAUGUCUCAUGAUGAAGAGGUUAUUUUAUUUUUCCCUUAAAUUGGCAUUACUAUUAUCAUUAUUAUUGUUAUUAUUAGUUGUGGUGAGAUGGGCUGAUUGUAUUUUCCUUUUAAUAGAUUGUACAAGACUAUACUGAAUUUAUUUUUUUAUCAUUUUACAUUAAAAAUAUUAAUCAAAAAGUGAAUUGUAAGUUGCUUCUUGGUACACAUGUAGUUCUAAACUAGCUUUGGAAUAAAAUGUUUGCUUCUGCAUACAGUAUAUUUCUAUAACCAACAAA